UCUUAGAUGGAAGAAUGAUUAACAGUAAGAACAAAUAAAUUUUAGUUUUAAAAUAGUAGUGUUCAAAAAUGUUUUUAAUUAUUAUUUUGUCAUCAUUGCUACUUCGAGUGCAAGGAGAGUCUAGAUUGGUUGGUGGUAGUAAAGUCCCGCCUGGCAGCGGCCUCUUUCAUGCGUCCUUACAAAAUAUAACGGGGCACCAUGUUUGUGGUGGUGCCAUUAUUACCCACAAACACGCAGUCACUGCAGCGCAUUGCGUGCUUGGUGCCGAUCCGAAGUACAUUAAACUAGUUGUAGGAACAACAAAUCUAGAUGAAGGAGGCUCAGUGAAUGAAGUGAAAUCCAUCCACAUACAUCCCGACUAUAACACUACCGCAAGAAUUCACGAUAUAGCCGUUAUUGAAGUAAAACAAUUGCUUGAUUUAAAUUAUGCUCACAUGAUACGCAUGGAUACAAAACCUCUCAGAGAAGGUGAUAUUGUUGUGUUAACUGGGUUUGGAGCUAUAAAAAAAAAUGGAGACUCCAGUCGAAUAAUGAACUAUUUGGAGGCGCCAGUUUUUAAUCAAGACACUUGCAAAUACGCAAUGCGGUAUUCGAAAAGAAACGUUGUUGAUACCAUGUUUUGCACAUUUACAUCUAUCGGUGAAGGGACAUGUCAUGGUGACUCCGGUGGACCAUUAAUAAGAAAUAACAAAUUAGUGGGGCUGGUAUCUUGGGGCAUACCCUGCGCAAUCGGAUAUCCGGAUGUUCAUACCCGGAUUGAUGUUUACAUUGAUUGGAUUAAUGAUGUUAUAGACAAAACUAACCCGAAAUGUAUAUGUUAGCUUUAAAUAUAUAUUUAAUCGUCAGUUAACUAUUGCUAAAACUGAAAGAGAUAUAUUAGUUUAUUCUUAACUUUUAAGAAUGAUUAUUUUUAAGAAAAAUGUUUAUUAUUUCUUUCCAUAUUUUUAAUACACGUUGUAAUUACAAAUGAGAGUAAUUUGAACUGUUAUUU